AGGAGGGCAGGGGGCAGUUGGACACCGCAGAGAGGGGACAGUCGUGGCUCGGGCAGUCCCCAUCCCUGCCCUGUCACUGUCACUGCCCUAACGCUGCCCGUUCUCUGGCAGCCCCAGCGAGCUGCCUGCCUCCUGCUGCUGCUGCUCCUCUGCUCCCUGGCCGCUGCCCGGCAGAACCUGCCCCACUGCUGCCGGCAGAAAACCUGCUCCUGCCGCGUCUACGACCUGCUGCACGGCAUGGGCAACCACGCCGCCGGCAUCCUCACGCUGGGCAAGAGGAAGAGCGUCCCCCUGGCUUUCCAGAGCCGCCUCUACCGCCUGCUCCACGGCUCCGGCAACCACGCCGCGGGCAUCCUCACCAUGGGCAAGCGCGGGCAGCCCUCGGGCACCGCCUGCCCCGAUGCGUCGGGCUGCCCUGCGGGGACGGUCGCCCAGCCCACAGCGGUGCCACGGGGCGCUGCCACCAGCCCUGAGAGCCCCAGGGAGUGUCAGGGACACUCAGGGAAGGACCUGAGUGCCAGCCAGGGGGCUGCAAGGAGCUUUUACUGAACGGGAUGGGGGCAGCGGGACACACAGAGGGGGUCCCUGGCAGGACGUGCUGCGGGCACACACAGCCGAGCUCGGUGUAAAUAGCACUUUUAGAUACCUCCUCCCUGCCCUGGCCCUGGCCCAGCCUGCUCAGGGCACCGCGGGCACCGCGGCCUUUUACAAUAAAUGGUAGCCUGAUGUCA